AGCAAUCUGCUAAAACCCGCCCUUUCUCGCGGCGAACUCCAGUGUAUUGGGGCGACAACCGCGGACGAGUACCGUAAGCACAUCGAAAAAGACGCUGCGUUGGAGCGGCGGUUUCAGCCCGUAUACCUGGAGGAACCCAGUAUUGCGGAUACAGUGGAAAUCCUGAAGGCCCUGCGACCCCGCUACGAGGCCCAUCACAAAGUCAAGAUCGACGAUGCGGCACUGGAAGCGGCCGCCCGCCUCAGCGACCGGUACAUUACCGGACGGCAACUGCCCGACAAAGCCAUCGACUUUAUUGACGAGGCAGCCAGCAAGGUGCGCAUCGAUGCCGAGGGCAUGCCGCCGAGCUUUCAUGAAUUGGAGGAACGCAUCCAGCACCUUAAUGACCAAGAGGAGGCCGCCGCCCAGCGCAACGAGUUCGAGCAUGCCGCCCAGCUGAGGAUCGAGCGACUGCAACGGGAGGAUAUGAAACAAGACCGAAAGGUCGACAUGGUUGUGAACGACCGGGACAUCGCAGACUUGGUGUCAAGCUGGACCGGCAUUCCUGCGGGAAGGCUUCUGGGAAAUGAAGCAGAGCGCCUGGUCCAAAUGGAAGAGAUUCUUCACCAGCGCCUCAUCGGACAAGAGGAAGCGGUCAACGCCGUAUCCGAAGCCAUCCGAAGGGCCAGGUCAGGUUUGAGCAAUCCGCGGCGGCCCAUCGGCAGUUUCAUAUUCCUGGGCCCCACAGGUGUAGGCAAGACUGAGUUAUCCAAGGCUCUGGCCGAGUUCCUGUUCGACGACGAAAGCAACAUGGUUCGCCUGGAUAUGUCAGAGUACAUGGAGAAGCAUACGGUGUCCCGCCUGGUUGGGGCUCCUCCUGGGUACGUAGGGUACGACGAAGGCGGUCAAUUGACCGAAGCGGUACGCCGCCGUCCCUACCGGGUGGUUCUUUUUGACGAAAUAGAGAAGGCGCACCCAGACGUCUUUAACAUCUUGCUACAGAUCCUGGAGGACGGGCGCCUGACCGACGGUCACGGCCGAACCGUCGAUUUCAGAAACACGGUCAUCAUCAUGACCAGCAAUCUGGGCACAGCUGAGAACGAGAAGGAGCGACUGGAAAAGUCGGUGCAGGAUGCCUUGAAACAAGCUUUCCGGCCCGAAUUCUUGAACCGGAUAGACGAGACCAUAAUAUUCCAGCCUCUAACGAAGCCGCAAAUUGUUGAGGUUGUGGAACUAAUGGUGAAGGACGUUGCCGAGAGGCUGGAAGAACAAGGGAUUACGUUCGAACUCUCAGAGUCCGCAGCGAACUGGCUGGCUGAAGAAGGUUUCGACCCGGUAUACGGGGCACGGCCCCUGCGCCGGGCCAUCCAACGGCACCUGGAGAACGCCUUGUCCAAGGGCAUACUGACAGGUGAAUUCGGCAACGGCGACCACAUAGUUGUAGACAACGGAGGCUCGGGACUAUCGGUAGCCAAGAAGGAGUCAGCCGUGGUGGCAGCCUGA